AUGGUCGUCGAGGUGUUCAUGGAGCAGAAUCGGCUCCAGGAGACGACCUCGAUCCUGCUCGAGGCGCUCAGGGGAAACAGGCCAGACCAGGCCCAGCUGCAGACCCAGCUGCUUGCUAUGAGCCUGCAGCAGGCGCCGAAGCUGGCUGGGACCAUCCUGCAGAUGAAGAUGUUCACCCACUACGGCGAGCACUUCAUCGGCAAUCUGUGCGAGAAGGCCAACGGGUUGGAGUGCAUUGGCGAGAUCAUGCGGCGCAACCGGCAGAACUUGCAGGUCGUUGUGCAGGUCGCCAUCAAGUACCACGAGCAGAUGGGCGCCCUCAAGAUCGUGGAGACGUUCGAGAGCUUCUGCUCCCACGAUGAUAUCUUCUACUUCCAGGGCGCCAUCCUCUUGGCGAUCACGGACCCCGCCGUGCACUUCAGGUGCAUUCAGGAGGACCUGCACCACGACGGGGAGCAGUACCUGAUUAAUUCCCACCGUGAAUGGCGGAGGAAAGGCGUGAGUGACGACCCGUGCCCCCUAGCAGCUUUUUUUCUUCGAUGCUGCCUGCCCUCGCUGCUCCCGUGGUGGCCCCUGGUCGUGGGCACUUACCCGACGACCUCGUCAACGCAGGCUUAG